AUGGCUGACGAUGACAUUGCCGCUCUGGUUAUAGACAAUGGCUCCGGUAUGUGCAAGGCCGGUUUCGCCGGAGACGAUGCUCCUCGUGCAGUGUUUCCCUCCAUCGUUGGCCGUCCAAGGCAUCAGGGUGUGAUGGUUGGUAUGGGUCAGAAAGACUCUUACGUCGGCGACGAAGCUCAGAGUAAGAGAGGUAUUCUGACUCUCAAAUAUCCUAUCGAACACGGCAUUGUAACAAACUGGGAUGAAAUGGAAAAGGUAGGGUUUAACAGUGUAGGAAAAUUCAACAGUAAAUGUAAGCAUUUUAUUUUCAAAUUAAUUGGCUAUUCUAAUUUUCAGAUCUGGCAUCACACCUUCUACAACGAGCUGCGUGUAGCUCCCGAGGAACACCCAGUUCUGCUAACAGAAGCUCCUCUCAACCCAAAAGCCAACAGAGAAAAAAUGACACAGGUAUUUCCGUCUCAGAGGGAAACUAAGCAGUUGAGCUCUGUUCAACUUGCUUGUGAGUCUACCAUUUAAUAAAGCAUGUUCCAAAUUUGUGUUCGCUAUUAUUAAGAACCGGUAUUUGCGCGUAAACUAAGUUAUUAACUUUUAUAGUGACUUUUUAUUAAUGAUCAGAAAAAGUGUUGAUUUAAGUGCGCGUGCAAAAAGAAAUCUUAUCGCAUGGAAAAGUUAAGGUUUAUUAUAUUUCUAGAGCAAUAAAGAGGACCUUAGCAGCAAUGUAUUGUUUUAAGUAAACAAAACACUUUUCGGGGAGCGAUUUGUUGCAUUCCUUAUAUGGCAAAAAAUACUACGGUUGGUCAGAGUCAAGCUUUUUCCAAACAACUUAUUCAAAGUGAGAAAAGGGAUUGAUUUUGAUUGUGAAAACAACGCUGUUUAACAAUUAGCACAUCGCAGAAGUAUAGUUUAGUAAGAUCCUGUAAGUAAUUCUCGGCCACGCUUGUAAAUAGCCAACUGGUUGCCUUCUGCCAGUUGGGGUUUUUAAUCCUGUUAUGUUGUAUUUGAAUUAUUUGUUUCUAAAUGUUUGAGUGGAGUGACUGUAAAUUAGCUGGCUAACUAAGUGCACCUUCCACUAUAAACAUGCCUUUAACCUUUUAACCUUUUAAACAAUAAAAUUAGAAAGAAGAUUUAAAAUUAUCCUAAAGAACGAAAAUUAAAAACUUCAAUUUCCAGGAAUAGAAUACAGAGUUCGAUCAAGAAUUGGCAUUAUGAUCAGGGUAUGCUAAGGCUGCCACAUUCUAAACGGCAAAUGAAUGCUGCUUUGUCACAGCGCGUAUUUUAUUAAUUGGACUGUGUGAACAAAGUAUGUGGUACAUUCCUCAUACACGUCUAAUCUUCCGUAUAAGGACCUUCACAAAUACUUUUUGUUGGCGCUGGCUUUCAUUUUACAGUCAUGCGAAAGUUUCUCUAUAAAUGAAAUAUACCUUUCUCUAAACUGAAACUAGUUUUAUUUCCCUUUCCAACAGAUCAUGUUCGAAACCUUCAACACACCAGCCAUGUACGUCGCUAUCCAGGCUGUGCUGUCUCUGUACGCUUCCGGGAGGACCACGGGAAUUGUCAUGGACAGCGGUGAUGGUGUAACGCACACAGUUCCCAUCUACGAGGGUUACGCUCUUCCCCAUGCUAUCAUUCGUCUCGAUUUGGCCGGCAGAGACUUGACCGACUACCUGAUGAAGAUUCUGACCGAGCGUGGCUACUCCUUUACCACCACUGCCGAAAGGGAGAUCGUGCGUGACAUCAAAGAGAAACUGAUUUAUGUUGCUCUGGAUUUCGAAAGAGAAAUGGAUACCGCUGCAUCCAGUUCCAGCUUGGACAAGAGCUACGAGCUUCCUGAUGGGCAGGUCAUCAGAAUCGCCAACGAGAGAUUCAGAUGUUCUGAGUCCAUGUUCCAACCCUCCCUCCUUGGAAUGGAAUCUGCCGGCAUCCACGAGACCACAUAUAACUCAAUCAUGAAGUGCGAUGUGGACAUCCGUAAGGAUCUGUACGCCAACACAGUGUUGUCCGGUGGCUCCACCAUGUUCCCUGGAAUCGCUGACAGAAUGCAAAAGGAAAUCACAGCCCUCGCCCCACCCACAAUGAAGAUCAAGAUCAUUGCUCCUCCUGAGCGUAAAUACUCUGUAUGGAUUGGAGGAUCGAUCUUGGCCUCGCUGUCCACCUUCCAACAGAUGUGGAUCUCUAAACAGGAAUACGAUGAAACUGGGGCUUCCAUUGUUCACCGUAAAUGCUUUUAACUUUUUAUUAACUGUAAAGGUCAUUUCUCACUGAAAAAAAGCUGUUUUUGUUUCAUAUUCCUGAGAUCUGCUAUAAUUUUGUACUUGUGCCUUCGUUGUUUUGUAGUUUAGUUAUCUGAACGUGUAUUGUAUCAUUUACUUUUCGAUUAUGUAGUACUGUUUUUCCUGCUCAUACCAGGCAGUAAGAACUUAUUGUACACAUACGCAGCUGUUUAUAUUAAUUUAUGCGUAAUUAAAUAGUAGCCAAGGAAAAUACACUGCUUGUCCGAUCCUACUAAAAGGCAACUACUGAAAAUCCUCUUUCCAUUUGUACUUUUUACUGUUCUCCUCACAGAAAAAAAAAGCAUUCAGUCCUUUUCUUUUCCUUUUUAGACUCACUUCCUCCCUUCCCUCACCUUUUCUAUCAUAACUGAAUUAACAAACGCAUAGUGUCACAGAGCGAUAGUUUCGGUACAAUAAGUACUGUGUAACGUGCAGUCCCCUAUUUUCCGCAAGAUCGCGAGAUUGAGCGCUUUAAUACACCCUUACAGGCGGCCAUCUUCUGCAUCUUGGUUUCAAAUGUGCCGUGUGGACUAGCCUGGGGAUGCAUAUCAAAUCUACGUAGGAUGCAGCCCCCUGCUCAGCGAUCUUAUGGAAAAUUUGGGGACUGUGAACAGUUUAUCAAUACUUUAUCGAAAAAAUUUCCCUGUCCCUUUAACAUCACCUAUACGUUUCGCUAAUUGAAUAAUCAGUGUCUCUCUUCUAUGAUCUACUCACCUUUCCAAUCAUACUCAGAAUAAUUCCCUCUGUUGGUUCUUUCCAAAUAGUUUCUCAAUGAUGAUUUGCGGUACAGUCUGUUGAUGAAGUUCCCGCCCUCACAUUCUCACUAUUAAAACUUUAGUGGAUUCUCGUACAGACCUUGACCCCGCUUAUAUGGAGAAAACCGGUCUCAGCCCGGCGGGACCAGUUAAAGAGUUACUCACCUACCUGUGCUGCCUUGGAUUUCCUUACAAAACUUGGCGAACCGUGUACAUGAGAAAAGAAAGUUUGGCUCGGCUAGGAAGGUUACCCGCCCAGCCGGGUCACUCUGCUAACCGGGUUACCCUCCUAGCCGGGUCAACCUCCUAACCGGGUCACCCUCCUAUCCGGGUUACCCUCCUAUCCGGGUUACCCACCCUCCUUGCUGGGCCAACUUUUCUCCAUACUUUGUCUCGCCAAGCUGGGUCAACUCGGUCAAGGCGAGACAAUCAUCAGAGCAUGCGCGAGUGCUGUUCUCAGCAGCUCUUGGCUUGAGCAAAGAGGUCAACUUUUUUCUCAUGUAAGCGCUCGUUUAACAAGUUGAUUCGGCUAGGAGGGUGAUCCUCUUAGCGGGGACAACUUUUCUCCAAGACAACACGGUCUUAGAAGGCCAGCGUGGUAUCUGAGAAAGAUAAUCUCCUUCCGUCCCAUAAAAUAUGUCAGUUUUCGCCCGUAAUUCGAUAUAGAAGAAAUAUUUAAAGGUAAUCAGUACGAUUAAAAUGAAUCAUGAUUAUGCAUUUCUUUCACCAUCUCACCUUUCAUCAGCUGCAGGCAUACUGGCAUUAGGGACCUUACAAUCCGACCUGGAUGUCCAUGAAAACGUCACUGAAAAAUAGACUUAGCAUCCGUUUAAACGUUUUCGCGAUUAUCCCAAUUCGCCCUGUUACUUAAAAGAAGGGAAUUUUGUUUGGAGCUGACGAGAGGGGACCGCGCCCGAAUUCAGACAGAGAUGGCAGAAUUUAUCGCCUUGCCGUUCCUGUUGUCAAGUAAACUUAAAAUUUGGUCAUUUCACGUCGUAGUUGUGUAGGGACAGCAAAGAAAUGUACAAAAAAGCGUGAUGCACGCGCAGAGUUGUUGUUUUGCUCAUUAAACCUAUUGCUUUUUGGACGUUCUCCUUGCCGUCGCUGUCGUAGUUUCGUAAGGUCCAUAUUAGCUUCGCUGCGUCAGCCCUACAGACAGUACUUUUUAUGGAUGAAGAAGUGACGUCACAUACACUUGCAAUGGACAAUAAUGGUUUUGAGAUUGCAAAGCUGAAACGGUCAUCCGGAUGACAGUUUCUUACGAGACCGCUUAACGAGUUGUCAUUCACCUUCCCAGUUAGAGUAACAAUUUUCCUUGUGUGAAACACGUUUCAAAACGCAUUUUGGAAAACCAAAUCUCGAAAAGUAAAUGUAUUAGAUUGUAAUGAAAACUUUCUUUAGUGUUUUCUCAUUUUUGCAGUUGUAAUGGCAUGAGGUCAUGUGUAUAUGCCUAAUAAAACAAUUAUUGGAUUCAGUUUUGGCACAAAAGCACGAAUUAUCAAAGCUGAUGGUUUGAAAUAUAUGCCGGACCUAGAUAAUUCUGACUCGCCGUCGUACCCAACCUCAUCCAAAUAAUGAGGUUGAUUGUUGUGCUUUGUUUUUGUUUUGCCUGAUCUUCAGGUGACUGAUCUCCUAAUUGUUCUGUAGAAAAAAAUAGGAAAAAAUAUCUGCAGGCUGUAGGCUGACUCUGAAUCUAAAAAAAAUCCAAUUAGCUAAGCUGUAGGCUGAUAAUCCAAAAAAAAUCCAGACAUUUUUUCUGGCUUGAUGUCAACACUAGCUUAAACGAUCCUAACUGAUAUAUAUUUUUUUAUUAUUAUCAACAGCCUUCGGAGUAGAUAAGUUUGCAAAUGAAUAAAUACUUAUGCCUUAAACACGUAAGUUUGUGUUAGUUUAGAUUGACUUAUUACCCGGAGAAUAACAACUAAAGACUAAGAAAUGGCUCCUGGGAACUUGAGAAAUUUGAACCGGAGAGUUUUUGGUCUGCGCUGGUCAUGCUCCGUCCAGAUUCUCCGAGUGCGUAUCCAAGUGUCCUGCAAUCCACGAUCUUGUGAAUUCUCGGUCCACAGAUUUAUCCACGUGACAACUAAGACUACAACUAUUUUAGCACGACUUCGAUCUACCUACGCGAAAGUCUGCUACUGAAAAUUGCCCGAGAAAAUAAAGAGAAAGAUGAAUCAGAGAAAGUCAAACCACUAAAUAAUGCGGACAAGGAAAGAGUGAGUUAAAUUUUGAAAUACUCUAGUCAUAGCUAGAAAAUACUGUGAUGAAAAAUCAAGCUUGAAAUAUAAAACAAAUGGCAAUAGCCUUGGUUAUCUCCAAAGUUCUCCAAGUAAACAGAUAUAAAAGUGAGAAAUUCAGUAAAUAACCUUAAAAGGUCACAGUGAAAAUUUAUUCUGCAGCAGCUUGUUUUCAUUGUGAUUAAACUCUCUCAACAAAACGUCUUUGGGCUCCUUUAUUUUAUAACCAAAUAUGGCUAUAAAAAGAUGGUAAAUUGAAGCAUUCUGACAACAAUAAAGAUGUUGAUUGUAGGUGUUCAUGCUGAUUACUUCUUUCGAAAAUAUUAGAAUCUAUUUAACUCCAGCAAUUAAAAAAAAGAAUUUUUAAGAGACAGGAACUGAAAAUCAAGUCCGAUAGUUUUACUGGACUCGGGAAAGGAGAUUAACUCUGUAAUGCGGAGUUAAAAAACGCUUAAACAGUCAUUCAGUAACUUUAAUGAAAACGCACAAUACUGGAAUCCCACUGCGGGCUCAGUAACCAACAGAGUUUUGCAAAACAUGUUAGAGCGUUUUUCUCUCCUCGAUAUCAACUUAUUAUCAACCAAGAUGGUGAGGAGAAGAUAUGAAUGUAUCAGUUAGGAACAUGUGCUUGGAAAUUCUCCGAACGAACCAUAAGCAAAUAAUAUAGAAAUUACUGUGAAGAAAUGAUUGCUCGAGCACGGUGCUACCUCACGUGAUCUCAAGACCUACUGGGGAUUUUCAGCUAGUUUUUAACCUUUAUAAGACGAUGCUAGAACAUUUUGAGUUACUGCAGGUUUCUCGAUAAAGUUACUAGCUAAGGACUUUCAUAGCCGAUUCUUGCUGUCUAAUCCAGUUGUGUAAAGAAGAGAGUCAGUUUAAGUAAAAAAAUGGCCGAUGAAGACGUUGCCGCUUUGGUUAUAGACAAUGGCUCCGGUAUGUGCAAGGCCGGUUUCGCCGGAGACGAUGCUCCUCGUGCAGUGUUUCCCUCCAUCGUUGGCCGUCCAAGGCAUCAGGGUGUGAUGGUUGGUAUGGGUCAGAAAGACUCGUACGUCGGCGACGAAGCUCAGAGCAAGAGAGGUAUUCUGACUCUCAAAUAUCCCAUCGAACACGGCAUUGUAACAAACUGGGAUGACAUGGAAAAGGUAAAAGCCCUUUAAGGCGAUUUUCCAGCUGGCAUAAAGAAAUUGCGUCAAAAUUACAUUUAUAAAGCGAUGAUUAACGAACUAAGAAAUAAAAAAGAUACAAGGGAAGCCAGAAGGCGAGAAAAACAGGUUUGACAUUUUACGUAGGGAUUCACAUUAAUUAAAGCCUAAACUGAUCCAGUGAAGGACUUGACCCAGUUCUUGUUCCUAUUUCAGCGUACGAAGCAGCAAAAAGUUUCAGUUAGAAUGUAAAAUAGUUUUUAACUAAAAUAAACUAAUUCAAAGUAAAAUGAUUUCUUCUUUUUCUUUUUUAGAUCUGGCAUCACACCUUUUAUAAUGAAUUACGCAUAGCUCCCGAGGAACACCCAGUUCUGCUGACAGAAGCUCCUCUCAACCCAAAAGCAAACAGAGAAAAAAUGACAACGGUAUAUAAAAAACUAGAACUAAGUUAUACUUUAUAUUUGUCGCUCAUUUCAUAAUUUAGAACCUUAGGCGAGUAAAGCACCUUUUUUUUCAAGAACAAAAAGACAUUCUGGUAUGAAGGCAUAGAAAUUAACUUUGUUUAUUAUGAAAUAUUUCUAAUAUUUUUAGAACAUCACUUGUUUUUAUUCUCUAAAAGCCAUCGCAAACGACCAAACGUGACGAAAAAGUUAGUUGAAUCUUGAAAUAUUCAACUAAUAAUUUGAUUCGCGUUUCAAAACUUUCAGUCCUAUAGCUUUUUGGAGGGGGGAGGUAUAGGACGGUAAAUCUCCCUCCUCCCUACUUUUUCAGCCAAUGUCUUCCUCCUCCCUAGUUUUUGGGGUAAUUUCUCCCUCCUCCCUAAACUUGGUUUAAAAAUUAACGGCGGACAACACAUAACUCCUGCACUUAGUGGUAAAGGAAGUAUAAUGACCUUCAGAGCUUGUGACACACGAAGAAGGCCUAACCACCAUAUGUAUGCAUAAGAAGAUUUUAUGGAGGGAAAGCCCAUACACCCAGUCCCGGGGGAGUCUUUUUAAAAUCAAAAGACCGUCUGAAGUCGUACGCAUAGUUUUCUAAUCGGACGAGAGAGCAGUGCAAAUUAAAGCCAUAUCAGGACUUGCUCGACGCGAAGUUCAAUUACAACUUUAAUACAGCCAUUUGGAAAUCACAAAAUUCAGUCAGUACCAAUUUUACACUGAUCCAGUCAGGGCCGGCAUGUUGAAAAGUGGAAUCGGAAACGUUUUUAUAUCUCAAUUUGUUGCCGAAACGGAACUGAAAACAUUUAGAGCAAAAAAUGGAUCCGAUUUAAAACAGAUUUAGAACAGAUGUGAUUUAGAGCAAAAAAUAGUGUGAUUUCGUGAAUAAAUCACAAUGUUGAGAGCCAAUCAGAUAGCAAGGAUCACCAGUGAUUUCAAAAUGGAUGUAAUAAACAGAUUUAAAAAAAUUGUUAUUAGGUCUUUGUUAGUAUUUUUCUCCAAAAAAUAAUUAUUGUCCAGUGAAGGACGACCAUUUUAUAUAAAGUUAUAAGUAUAAGUUGGAUAAACCCCUGACACUUGGGCUCUGACACAAUAGCCACAUCUGGGGGAGACGGAGAGAAGUAAACUGAAACCAACCUCCGGAAAUAGUACUGAUUGAAGUUACUAGGCAGAAAAAUUCCGAGAUGAGCGGAAAUGUUUACAUGGAUAUUUAGACAAUAUUUGCUUCUUCGAAGAAAGCAUUCGUUGUGUCACCCUGUGAUAACAUGCAAAGCACGCACUGACAUUGUUGAGUUACCUAUAUUGUAACAGAGCAAGCUUAGCGGUAGAUGGUAAUCACACCUACUUCAUUGGUUCGAAAAUCAGAUCUCUCUGUAGUUGGUGAAGUAGCUACCCCAACCCAUCUCUGUUAGCAAAAUGUGAAAUUAACGGUGUCGGAAUCACGGCGCACCUUUUUAAAAGCCUAGUUCAAUUUUCUUAUAACAGGAACUUUUCUCUUUUCAUCUAGAUCAUGUUCGAAACAUUCAACACACCAGCAUUUUAUGUCGCUAUCCAAGCUGUACUAUCUCUGUACGCUUCUGGUCGAACAACUGGAAUCGUGUUGGACAGCGGUGAUGGUGUAACGCACACAGUUCCCAUUUACGAGGGCUACGCUCUUCCUCACGCCAUCAUUCGUCUCGACUUGGCCGGCAGAGACUUGACGGACUACCUCAUGAAGAUUCUGAAAGAGCGUGGCUACUCCUUCACCACCACUGCCGAACGUGAGAUCGUGCGUGACAUCAAAGAGAAACUGUGCUAUAUUCCCCUAGACUACGAAAAUGAAAUGCAAACUGCCACAUCAAGCUCCAGCUUAGAGAAGAGCUACGAGCUCCCUGAUGGACAAGUCAUCACCAUCGGAAACGAGAGAUUCAGAGCUCCCGAGUCCUUGUACCAGCCUUCCUUCCUAGGAAUGGAAUCUGCAGGCAUCCACGAGACCACGUACAACUCGAUCAUGAAGUGCGAUGUGGACAUCCGUAAGGAUCUGUACGCUAACACAGUGUUGUCUGGUGGAACCUCUAUGUUUCCAGGGAUCGCUGACAGAAUGCAGAAGGAAAUAACUGCUCUGGCCCCGCCAACAAUGAAGAUCAAGAUCAUUGCUCCUCCUGAGCGUAAAUACUCUGUAUGGAUUGGAGGAUCGAUCUUGGCUUCGCUCUCCACCUUCCAACAGAUGUGGAUCUCCAAACGGGAAUUCGAUGAAACUGGCCCUUCCAUUGUUCACCGCAAAUGUUUCUGAAUUCUAUGACUGUCCUCUGCUAAUUCGACCCACUUAAACUUGAACUUUGAACUUUUUUUUCUCUCUCUCCAUUUAUUUCAUUAUAAAAGUUCUGCCGGGAUUGAAGGAUUGAUAACAGCCAGUGCAGUUGAAAUCUCUCUCAUUUACUGAUCACUCACAGCCUGUUACAACUCACGGCACUGAUUGUUAGAAUAAUUGCAAAGACCCCCACUCCCUGUAUCUUAGGAUUCGUAAUACAAAGUUAGAACUGAUUAAAUUUUUUUUUCCAUGACUUUCUAGUGGGUACAAAAGUGCGUUCUUCCCAGAUUUUCACACAAUAGCACUUUUCCACGAAAAAAAGACUAAGACAAGCAUAAUUAUAAAACUACAUUCAUACAUUUUCUUAAUUCCGAAAAAUGGUUCAACCGAAGGUUACACAUGUAUAAUCUCUCAUAAUUUUAGGUGACUAUCUUGCAAGGUCUGGAGAGCCUUCUCGAAGGCCGGAGGUCGCUCGGAUAUCACUUAUGAGAGAGGCAGCUGUAUGAAAAGCUGGCAUUACUUCUGUUACGUUUAGAACCUAUCGUAUUUGAUGAAAAAUGAUGAAAUAAAAGAUCACACUCCUUAGGUAUAGAAAAUUACAAUAUCACUGUUAUAAUUCAGACUGAUAAGCGGUUUGAGUAAAUCGCACUGCAGCUCCUCGCCCUGCUCACUGAUGUAAACAUACCCGGGCCGGGGGGGGGGCAUUCUCUAAACAGGUAAGUGCCGCUGAACAGGCUAUGGUUUUCAGAGUCUUGAGUCUUACCGGGUAUACGUUUUCACUAUUUAGCGUCUUCAACAAGGCAUGUUUUUUUUGUGGUUACGGCCGGGUAGCGAAAAAUGAGUAAUAGUAGAGCAGAUAUGUGCUUGAAUUGUUCACUUUCUGUUAAAAGCAUGAAAUUUGGCAUGAUGAUAGUUUUCAAGGCCCUAAAAAAGAUAGGAUAUGGUGCCAUCGCUAAAAAGUCCGUUAAGUGCGAAAAAUAGGACUUUUUAUUAUGGCGGCCAUUUUAAACCGGAAGUGAAAUUAACAUUUUCUUUAAAACGUCUGAAUUUUAGCAACCUGGAUAAGAAAAUGUCAGUUAAUGCCUAAGGCAGCUGUUUUUUUCAUACAAAGAGAUAUUAUUUCAACGCAAAUUGUCUAAAAAGUAGAAUAGAGAUGAUAUAAGUGGCCGCCAGCUAGACCGGAAGUAAAACUACCAGAGUCGGAACUAGACUGCAAGCAGUCUCUCUUUUUCUUCAGGUUUAUGGCCAUUUGCGUGUCUCGCGUUUUGCUCGACGGACUACAGAAAAAAGAGAGACUGCUCGUAGUCUAAGUCGGAACUUUUAAGGAAUGAGUUUAAUAAACUUCUGUUGUGCCUGCUAGUCUUCUUGACUUUAAUAUUUUCUUUAUAAAUGUAAUGUAUACGUUCAAUUUACUAUUUUCAUCAUGUAUAAUCCAUUACUGAACUUCAGCCUACUUUGGCUAUGAUACGGAAUAUCGAAGAAGAGCAAAUGGUAUCUCAGUGACCUAAUGACUUGAUACUUCAUGCAGGCGAGUGCUUGUAAUCGAAAAAAGAGUUGGGGAUCGCCUUUCACGAUUGUCACUCUUCGGGGCAUAGCCCUUCCUACGAGCGUACUUUACUAGUUCCACCCUCAGCAGGAGGGUCAACACUCUCCUCUUAGAAAUAUCCAGCCCCGAUCUUGCAGACUUGGAACCGAGAUGCUUGGUACCAGUGCCUGCUGACUCCAUAUGUGGCCAGCAUGGUUCGGCGUGCCCUUGAAAUGUUUAAGUAAUGCAGGCCGGGUCAAAGAAACUACUUUUGGCUUCGUCAGUUGACGGCAAAGAACUACUUUUUCUAUCGUAUAGAAGAACGUGUAAGCAAAAACAACUCCGAUUAUUUCUGGAGGUGACCAGAAGUACUAACUUUGUCACAUCCAGUGAAUGCAUGGAACGGAGGAAGUGAAAGUGUAGCUUUUUAGUAAACACUUUAGCAAUCUCGUAGGGUGCAAGGUAGCGUAGAUGUACAUUAGUACCAAGAUAUAUGAUAGGAAGCUAACUUGGCUUCAUGGUAGAGAAGCUUCAUGGGUAGUUAGAACGGAGAGUGGACUCAACGCAAAUGUCUCGGUUACAAACAACAUAGAGAAUUAAAAGAAGGGAAUCUGCUUUGUGAUAUAGCAUAACAAUAAAUGCUUUCUAGCGAAUUGACUUCAAACGAUGCAGGGAAAAGACUAGACGUCUGGCCCUAGACGACAUGCGUUGCUCAAUGUGUAAGGAAUCUAAAAAACACCCGCUUGUUUCGAUCUUUACAAAAGAACUAGCUUUUUCCAGUUUCUUAGUUUAGCUCCUGAUACACGUUUACCCCAGAUCUUAGUCUUCAAGCCGUUCUCGGCGCGACAUAUUUGUCACGUACUAUAUCCAAGAGAAUACAUUUUACAUGCUUAGGGGAUUAACGUAAGUGAUGCACAUUCGAAAAACGCUCUUUCCUUAUUUUCUUGCAUGUGGACUUUAGCAUGAUAGUCAGUGCUGCUCAGUCCAUGAUGAUUAAAUGGCAUUCUGGGGGUGGUUACAUUGAAGAUUAGAGACUAACUCUUACUUCGGUCGAGAGAGGCGCAGAUUCACUUGAUAGUGAUCAUGAAAUACAGCUGAAUUAAACCGCCUCCUGUUUAGCUCCAGGUGGGUAAAACACCGGUCUACUGAGCGGGAAGCCACGGUUUCAAACCCCGGCCAGACCAAUUAUCGAUCAGGAUCUUUAAAUAACUGACGAGAAGUGCUGCCUUUUUAAUGUCAUCUCCAAACGGUUAGACUUUCUAGUCUUAUUGGAAUAAAAAAAAAACUGUAGGCCCCUUCUCACGGUCCUUGUUCAUAUAAAAUGCUGUGGGAAGUUAAAGAACCCAGACACUGUUUGUAAAGAGUAGGCUGAGUAGGGGACCCAUUUACCUUCCAAACAGAUUUCCCGGAAACUUUUUGAAAAUGGUAAACUUUGAAGUGAGCAGACGUUAUCGUGAAAGCAAUUUCAAUCCAAUAUGUACAUGCAAAGGGUGUUAUUUAUACUCCUCAAUAACAAAAUGGUGGAGCUAUUAUACCUCAAAUUACUUUGAAAACCGCUAAGCAUUCUGCAUUCUAGUUAAUAAUGGAUCAACUCUUUUAACUCUUACAAGUUCUUCAAACUGGUCUCUAUACAUUUCCUUAAAAGAAUAAGUUGAGAUAAUUUGAUAAAAGAGAGAAAAGCAUUUUCUCUCAGGUGAUAAUUUUAUUAAUUCUAAGAACCUAAUCUCUUGACCUUGUAUGGAUAUUGUGAGUCAGAAGAAGAUUGAUGUUGGUCACUAUUGGGACUUAGAGGGUUAAGCCAAGUAAAAAGAAGUAAUCUGUUUUUUGCUGGUUUAAUUUGUUCGAAUGUUUGGCCUUUCCUAUGCUUAAAAAUGUGAAUCAUUGUUUCACAUUUGUUUUAAAUGCACUACUGAAAUGAAUUGCUUUGAAUGAGUUGCAUUUUCCAUUUUGGCCCGCUUUUACCUCUGGUUCUUUCAUUUAAUCAGCUAAUUUGUAACACGGUUGACUUUUUUACAUGACAUAAAUAUCCGGAAAAACAUAGAACAAACAAUUUUGUCGUCAUUUUGACCUUAACAUGCUAAAUUUCGUGUACUUUUAGUUAGGUGAUAUUUACUUCCGGUCAAAAUGGCGAACAUUUUAGUAAUAACUCCAAACGCCGGUUUAACAGGAAAAAUUUGCGAUGGCACCACAUCACAUAUUAAUAGCCAAGAUUAGUAUACAUAAUAAACAAUUUGAUCGUUAUUUUGGCUUAAAAAAUGCUUAAUUUUGUGUACUUUCGGCUAGAUGAUAAAUACUUCCGGUCAAAAUGGCGGCCGGUUUAAUUUUCACUCCAAAAACCAGUUUAACAGGAAAAAUUUGCGAUGGCACCAUAUCACAUUUUAAUAGUCAUAAUUAGUUCUGUCAUUCCUGAAAAUUUGGUGCUUUUAACAAAAAGUGAACAAUCCGGCCCCAAAUCUGCACAUAUCCGCCCCACUAUAAUCUUUGCCUUGGCGGCACAGAGGUUCCGCAAUGGGGUUCUUCAAUCUUGUAAUCCCGACCCAUAAUUUCGUGCAAUCCCGUAAUCCCGAGGGUUAUUUUUGGCAUCACACCUCCCGUGCAUACUUUCAAUCCCGAAUCUCGCUCUUGUUUUACUUUAAAAUCCCGAAUCCCGAGCUUCAAAUAAGGGAAAUCACGUAUCCCUUGUACCGCACCCACCCCAACCCCUCCCCUGACCCUUCCUGAGUACGCUUUUCCAUGCAACAUCGAUCGUUGAAAGAAUCUCACGAACACGAAUGGUCAAGCAUGAAAUUGUGUCACCACUCAACAAUCUGCGCUAUCAAAAGGUCGCAUCUAUUUAUUAAUAUAUUGUGUUUAAAGGGAUUCAGCAAUCCUCGACAAGGAUAUUGUCUCCGAUACGUGAUAAGUUCACUGAUGAUAUAAUUCAAAUUUAAAAGGCAGCACUGAUGAUGUUGCUACCUGCCUAUUUGUAUGAAUUGUACGUAGGUUUGCACGCACCAAGUCCCACAAGUCGUUACCAAAAAAGGUCAUGAAUUUUCGGCAAGCGCAGUGGAUUGAAGAUAGAAUAUGAAUAUUGUUUGUUUCGCAAUAUAAUGUCACGUCUCGGUGGAAGUGACGUCAGAACACUGAGAACAAAAUUUUCCACCAUGAACUUGCACUGAGUUUCAUUUUAAUGCACAGCAAAAACAUGGAUACUCAAUAUUUGGACGAUAAACGAAACAUCAUAUCAUUAUGCCCAUGAAAAGCCCAUCUCACUUAAAGAUGUUAUAAUUCUAAGGGCGAUGAACCAGCAAAAGAAACAAGUUGUCCGUUUGCAAACAACAAAAGAAUGCCAAAUUUGGUAAUUUAAAUUUAAGUGUUGUUUAAAAAUUAAAGACAAAGCUGACCAAAGCCCGUGUCUGAUGUGUAGCGAAGCAUAGUGGCGGAGCUGGAGCCGGCGUAAGGCAGUUCCGCACAGGGAACACCCAGCUUUGUUGUUUAACACUGACAGGAAAUCAAUCCCUAUAUUGAAUGAUCCAUCGUUACAAUACUGCAAAUUCCUUGGUUCACAGUAUUUUCGACAAAAAAGUGUCGGUUAAUAUACGUUGGCGUAUUAGUCGAUGAAAAUCUCUUCUGAUAACUAGCCGAGCCAAACCAUUCGACGAUCUGUUUAAUACUGACCUAAACUAAGAUUUAAUAACUACUUGAACAUUAUGACUAAUAAACUGAUAUAUUAUAAAUCUCUACCAUGUUUAAUAGUUUAAUUUAAACAACAUAACAAGCUAAAAUGCAAAUCAACUGUACUGUACUGAUUGACAGAGAUUCGGGUAAUAAGAGAAAGUCGGUGAUUUCCAUUUAUCAUAAAAGUUUUAACAAGUAACGUUUUGCGUCCCAAAUGAAACGGGAACAAGAUCGUUUAUAGGAAGAGCAGUCAAGCGCAGAUUUGUUGAUAUUUUUUUUUCAAUGAUUUAAAGAAGAAUUUGCAUCUUUAAAUAUUUUCACUCACAAUUUACCGCAAAGUUUUUGCAAAAAAAUAUGACGAAACAGUUUAGACGUGCUGACGAAAAUGCAGGAAUGAUCUUUCAGUGUAACUUUUACCAAAUUUGGCCAAAUUAUUCGCUGUCUAUGAAAAGGAAUGAUAAACGUUGGAUUGCGUUAUUUCUUCAAAUACAAGAGAGACUUGUCGCUACAUUUGCAUUAUUGUUCGCGUGGGCGAUUUGAGCCAAUCAGAUGAAAGCACCGGCAGCAAUAAAUCUUGGACCUCCGUAGAAGUUGAUCAUAUUUCGAACAGUGCUGUAAGAAGCAAAGUAACAAUUCUCAUAGGUCUUUAGUUAAUUUCUGCUUCCAAUAAUUCCAACGAAAUGGCCGAUGAAGACGUUGCUGCCUUGGUUGUGGACAAUGGCUCCGGUAUGUGCAAGGCCGGUUUCGCCGGAGACGAUGCUCCUCGUGCAGUGUUUCCCUCCAUCGUUGGCCGUCCAAGGCAUCAGGGUGUGAUGGUUGGUAUGGGUCAGAAAGACUCGUACGUCGGCGACGAAGCUCAGAGUAAGAGAGGUAUUCUGACUCUCAAAUAUCCCAUCGAACACGGCAUUGUAACAAACUGGGAUGACAUGGAAAAGGUAAAUAUUCUUGAAUGUUGGAAAUAUCAAGUUGAGCGGUUGACUCACGAUGAAUUUUCCUUAUUUUAGAUCUGGCAUCACACCUUCUACAACGAGCUGCGUGUAGCUCCCGAGGAACACCCAGUUCUGCUGACAGAAGCUCCUCUCAAUCCUAAAGCCAACAGAGAGAAAAUGACACAGGUAAACUCUACUUGCUAAAUAAGCCUUCCAUUUAAAAAUAAUCUUGCAAGUCGCUACAGAUGUGUUAAAAGAGGGAGUGGUCGCUUUGAAGAUAUUCCCAAAAAAGAAUGAAAAAAUGUUCAGUCCUCAACUCGCGAAUAGAUGUCAUUUAUGCAGUUGGAGUAAAGUCGAGUCACUGGGUGCUGUCAAUCUGUCGACAUGUUUUUAAAAUCCCAGCUAAAAUUCUUACGAAACUUUUAAUAUUUGUCUAGAGAAUUACGACGAAACAAUCUAGGUAAAAGAAAUGAAUUGGAAAGAAUUCACCUUCAGUUAAUAUUUUGCUUUCGAAAGGAGAUAAAGUUUAAUAGAGAUGAAUUCUAUAAUAAAAUAAAUUUCACCGUGAAAUAUUGUAUGUUGGUCGGCCGCCGAAAAAUUUGCAAGUCAAUGUAAGUACUUAAUCGACUGUUUUAAAAAAGACAGCAUGAGAGUAAGGAUUAUUCUAAAAGAAAGAGGAAAAAAAAUAGCAAUGACCUCCGUGCAACCCACAGUGGAUCGUGUUUACAAAAUAAAAAUUGAGCCUAGAAUUGGAAAUUUUUUAGGAAGAAAACGACUUGCGCUUAUAGUUUCGGAAGCUUUCCAGUCUUGUUUCAUGCCCAUAUUUGGUAAAGAAGUCCAGUGAUUGGUCAGAAUUUCUAAUACAAGCCUGAUCGAUUAAUAUGCAAAACACGACUGUCUCUUUAGUUACAAAUGUGUAGUUUUAAUCUCCUGACACUACAAUUAGGGCGCGGAAUUUUGCCGAAAAUUCUUGAAUUGACUUUUAAUAGCUUCUAGUUUGCUUUUAUCGUCGUCAGCUAAGUGUCAUGUUACGUAACUCGAAGAUUUUGAUAGUGCCAAAGUUCCGUAAAUUAUUUUGGAGGUUUUUGUUUUGUCUUUAUAUAGAAUUCAUGGUCAAUUGUCAUUCUUUAAGACACUGGACUUUUAUUAUCAAACUCUUUGACUUCUUCUGUGUUAAUUCUGUGGAAUCUCCAAUGUAGUCAUAUUCAAAUUAGCAUUUGCGAUCAGAAAAUUUUUUCUUGUAUUUGUGUAUUACAGUCUUCUGUAGAAACUGUAUAUUCAGACGGAGGCAUGGAUAGCUCUGUAGAUUUCUGGAUACAUUUUUCCCCCCUCAGUACCCGUGUCCCACAAAGAGAUUAUUACAUUUAAUUGAGUUUUUUUCUUGUACGUGAUUUGAAGAAGAUCACUGGACUCAAUAAACUUUGAAUAUUUUAAUUUGUAGUAGAAAAGAUUUAUAUAGAUUUUCUCUAAAGAGUUUAUUUCCUUUCCAACAGAUCAUGUUCGAGACCUUCAAUUCACCAGCCAUGUACGUCGCAAUCCAGGCAGUGUUGUCUUUGUACGCCUCAGGUCGAACAACUGGCAUCGUAUUUGACAGCGGUGAUGGUGUGAGUCACACAGUUCCCAUCUACGAGGGUUACGCUCUUCCCCAUGCUAUCCUUCGUCUCGACUUGGCCGGCAGGGACUUGACCGACUAUCUUAUGAAGAUUCUGACCGAGCGUGGCUACUCUUUCACCACCACUGCCGAGCGCGAGAUCGUCCGUGACAUAAAAGAGAAAUUGUGCUAUGUUGCCUUGGACUUCGAACAAGAAAUGCAAACUGCCGCAUCAAGCUCCAGCUUGGAGAAGAGCUACGAGCUUCCUGAUGGACAGGUCAUCACCAUUGGAAACGAGAGAUUCAGAUGUCCUGAAGCCAUGUUCCAGCCUUCAUUCCUUGGAAUGGAAUCUGCCGGCAUCCACGAGACCACAUAUAACUCGAUCAUGAAGUGCGAUGUGGACAUCCGUAAGGAUCUGUACGCCAACACAGUGUUGUCUGGUGGCUCCACCAUGUUCCCAGGAAUCGCUGACAGAAUGCAGAAGGAAAUAACUGCUCUGGCCCCACCCACAAUGAAGAUCAAGAUUAUUGCUCCUCCUGAGCGUAAAUACUCUGUAUGGAUUGGAGGAUCGAUCUUGGCCUCGCUGUCCACCUUCCAACAGAUGUGGAUCUCCAAACAAGAAUACGAUGAAUCUGGUCCAUCAAUUGUCCACCGCAAAUGCUUCUAAGCAUCACUGAAAUAGAACUUUUUCCUCCUUUUGGGGAGAUUAAAUAACAAAACGACAAAAGUAUAAAUAUAUAAUAGCCGCUGUUUAAAAAACAGAGCUUAAGAAGAGAACACUUUCACUUAUUCGUUGUGCAUCUUUGAGCCUUAUUCUAUUUUUGUAGAUGUGGUACUGUUCCUAAUAAAGAUUUUGUUUACAUAUGUAAUAUUGGCUGAUUGCUUGAUCAUGACUUCUCGAUGAUAUGGGGACUUAGCUCGGGUACUGUUUCAACUUCACCUCUGUCUUCAUUAUCUUUUCCUUUUAGGGUAAAAGAGCGGCCCAGCAUAAUUUUUAGCGGUUACGUUGUUUUAUUUGGGAAACUGGCAGAUGCUUUGCCCAACUUUGAAUCAUCUUUUUCCAAGGUUUGCUCAUUUUUCAAACUCUCUAGUUGCUGAACAUUACCAUUCGCUCGGGAUUUGCCUGUGAUAAAACAAAGCCAUAAAAAUAACAAAGUGUAAUUAGACUCCCGAGUUUAAAAUUCUUUAAAGUUUAGUUAGUAGGUUUUUCAAUCGCUUUUACUGUCUUAUUAAAACCUUGGUUUCGGGCGUCGUUUUGUUGUUUCACUGUUAAAAUUGUGUUUUACAACCGACAGUGCUCAACUCAGCCGUUAAUUUGCUUAUCACGCCAAAUAACUGCUGCUUUGAAGGAAUUGAUCAUCAGAGAUUUGUUUUGAAAAAGCAAUUUUCCUUCGUAAUCUACGGUCUUUCACAAUGUACAUGUUAUAGCAUGUUGUAUACGGAACUGAGCUGUCAGUAGUUAAGGCAUGUCACGCAACACAGACCAUCGUUCGUUUCAAAAGUAGGCUUUGAUAAAAGUGCGUUCCUGAAAGUAGCACAAUCAGCCACAAGUGGUGCUCCUAUUUUUCUGAUAUUAUGUCCAAAAUUAUCCUAGUUGUUUUAAAAUACGCUGAUAUAAGCAUAAAAUGCAGAAAUUAUGCUUGUUGAAGUCUUUUUCCAUAAAUAUUUUGAAACUACAGGCUACAACACUUAUGCUAAAACUUGGUCCUGGACCAAAAACCAGUAAAUAGCAACACGUAGUAACACAACAAAUCUAUUCUUUUCAGUCAGCCAGAAACUUUACCGUGCUUUAGAAUUGGCCGGAUUCUCUUCAACAAGGAGCCUUAUCCUUGGCUACUAGGUCAAUCUUCAUUAUAUAUUCCUAGGUCACUUCCUGUGUGACCCUGGCUUACUCAGUCACUAUAAAUCAUCUUUGUGCGCAGCAAAAACAGCCAAAAAUAAGAUAAUGCUUGCAGUGUUUUGUUUUGGAGAAAAGUGGUGAAAAUUAUACUCAAAAUGACGAUCGAAUGAUGCACAAUACCCCCGGGUAUUUGAUGACUUAACCCCGGAGGGGGGGGGGACUCCGCAUAUGAAAAGGGUGAGGAUGCUCGUCGGAAAUUUUGAACUAAACCCCUAAAACAGACCGAUCCGGUCGUAGCUCAAGCUUUUUUUGACCCCUAAAAGAGAUCAUAUUAAAACACAGACAAUACAAAUAUUUUUACAUUUUUUCACGUGCAACCCUAAACGAGACCUUCACGGCUUAAUAUGACGCCGUUUAGCCCAGAACACCCUAAGUGAGACCAAAAUCCGAAAUUUACACCCCUAAGCGAGACGACGACUGAUCCCCACCCCUCCCCAUGCGGAGUCCCUCCCCCGGGGACUUAACUUGCACGGAGGGGGAGGGAAUUUAAAAUCAUAGCCUUACUAGAAGGAGAGGAAUUGGGUCCCUGCGGCUCGGAAUUUGAACCCUCUUGCCUCGAUUUCAUGUGACAUGACUCGGUGAUUGCAAGAGGUGGACUAAUCCUGGCGCAGGCCGGCAUGGCAAAUAUUAAUAAUUCCUUCCAUUUUUUCAGGGUCUUGGGAUCCGGUACUUCUAUCUUGUCAUAUUGAACCUUGCUUCCAAAACUAAAAAAAAUGAAAAGGACUACAAAAGCUUUAAUUCGUCAUCGUGAAGAGUAGUGUAAUAUGUAUACAUGUAUGUUAAUUUCCCCGAGGUAGGUAGAGUUGCAUAUGAUCACCUAAAAUGGACCAAUUAUGGGAUAUUUGAACGAUUUUUUGAUUCAGGGGGUUGGGAAUUUCAACAAUAAUUUUCCCAAGCUUCAAAUGCCCGGGGGAUAACCUAGCAAGGGGAUGUUGUAGUUUCGAUUUGACCGAUACUUAAUUACAGCCGACAUUUGGCGCGCGACGUCACCACUGGUUUCCCCGAGGUCUGAGGAACGAGCGCAAAAAUUCCGUACUGCUGACGUGUUACUACAUCUCAGAUCUCUUCUGAUUAGUUAGACAAUGGACUACCCAGAGACGUCAUCAUUGUGGAAAUUCUGUGCUCGUUCCUCAGAGGUCGUUUCGAGAAGAUAUUAGUGGUGGCGUCGUGAGAAGUUGGCUGUUUUCUCAGGCUUCCUCUUAGGGGAAAGCGAAGAAACGGUUGGGCUACGGGGUAUAAAACGAUAAUGCAGGUAUUACCAUAUUUGGGUAUGCAGACUCCACAAUAAGUUUCUGAAGAUUUUCAAGGUUUCAAGCUCACUUCACUCGCUUUACAGCUUUUCUUCUGUGAAACUUACGAGGUAGGCUUGUGGCAAGUCUACCUGUUACUGCAGUACCCGUCGCUUAAUAAUGAUGAAUUUUUACCUCUAUUAAAUUGAUAUCAAAAUAACUUCCCCUCACAAAACAUUUUAAAAGAUAUUUACAUUAGUUUUACCGCACCAAACAUCAAAGAGAACUCUGAGGACCCCUUAGGGCAGCAACCUUAAUGGAAAAAUCUUCCCCCAUGAAUUCUAUUUUUCAAAAUGACAGAAAAUUUAAGUGCCAUGAAAGAGCGUCUUUUUCAUACCGGCCUUCAGAAACUUCGUAAAUGCAAAUGUCGUGUCAUACGCCUAUUCUAAAGAGUCGCAAAAAAUUUGUCCAGUCAUUUAUAAUUCGCUGCUCACAUAGCAUAAAGUUUCUAUGGAAAACACCAUAAAAGCGACAGUUUUUAUAAGGCAAAGACGUCUUGAAAUUACAGUUAAUAUCGCCAAAAUAUAAACGCGUGACAAUUCACCUCGAAGGCGUCUGUAAUAAUACCACUCAACCACGUUGUGGGGUGAAAAUCCACAACAUUUCCAUAUAAGGUCAUAAAGUUAAAUUACAUUUUCUUUCCACGCCGUUCUUAGCAAGCAUCACUUGUACACCCAACCUAAAGAAUUUUAAAGCGAAAAUGAUUUACCUUAAAACAAAUAAACUUCUAUUUAUUAUACGGCAAAAGUUAUGACCCUUUAUCUAGACAUUGCAACUGCCUUUACUUUUCAACGUUUAUCCCACAAUACUGUAAACAAACAGGCUGGUUCGCCCCGCCGAAGACAAUAGUUGUCAUUUUAAGCCAAUCAAAUGAGGGUAUGAAUUAAUUUAUUUAAACGAUAUCACGUCCUGGAGCAUCAUUUCUGGCCAUCGACAGUUCAGUAUCGUUGUUGUUUCAAAUUUAUAUUUCAACUUAUAAAAUGGCCGAUGAGGACGUUGCCGCUUUGGUUAUAGACAAUGGCUCCGGUAUGUGUAAGGCCGGUUUCGCCGGAGACGAUGCUCCUCGUGCAGUGUUUCCUUCCAUCGUUGGCCGUCCAAGACAUCAGGGUGUGAUGGUUGGUAUGGGUCAGAAAGACUCGUACGUCGGUGACGAAGCUCAGAGCAAGAGAGGUAUUCUGACUCUCAAAUAUCCCAUCGAACACGGCAUUGUAACAAACUGGGAUGACAUGGAAAAGGUGAGUACUUUAUGCGAUGGUUAAAUGAUCUCAGUGGAACAUCGAGUCACGAUGAAUUUCCUUAUUUCAGAUCUGGCAUCACACCUUCUACAACGAGCUUCGUGUAGCUCCUGAGGAACACCCAGUUCUGCUGACUGAAGCUCCUCUCAACCCAAAAGCGAACAGAGAAAAAAUGACACAGGUAAACAGCACGUUGUUGCGUGGCUUAGUCUCAAUAAAAAAAAGUCUGAGUUCUAGCAUUACAAAUAAAUGUUUCACGGACGGUCCGUUAUGGAAAAGUCCAGCCCAUAAAUAUAAAUCCCGUGGUCUCCCAUUCCAACGCUUCCUAAGCGAAAUGUAUCUCUCCAACUCUAACUAUUGUGUCAUGAAAAACAAUUGAUAAAAAUGCCAUUUAUUUUGAAAUUUAGUGGAUGAAGUAAAAUUCAAAAAAUAUAUUUCAUCUGUUACUUUGUUCUGUAUGCAAUUACAUAAAACCUACAAAACGUAAUUUAAAUAGGCGCGGUUUAAAACCUAGCACAAAUUUGCAUGUGGCUAUGUUAAAACUUCAUUUUAUAUCUUUUCUUCACAACCAAAUUCUUCCACCAAAUUAUAUCGCGCUGUAUUAAACCAAAACAAAACUGAAAAUUUAAAUUUGCCGUUAAAGAUUUUCAAAUUUCUUUGUUUUGAGAAAAAACAGCGUCCGGGUGACUGCUUGGUCAUAUCUGACUCGUCUUAAUGCCUAUAUUUGGUAAAGAAACGCUCCAAUUGGUCAGAAUUGGAGAGUUUGAAACAGAACUUUUAAGUAGUCUUUUGUCAAAAUGUGAAUAAUUAACAACAGGUGGAAUUAAUUGAAAAUAUUCCAUGGUUCUUUUUAUGUUUAACCUAGCUUCACAAUUUUUAUUUUAUUUUCUCGGAUUGGAUUUUUUGGGGGGAAUUUUCGUUCCACGAUAGCUACCACAACAUUCGCCAAGUAAUCGAUCCUCGUCAAGCAUCAUUUUCAGAUUGCGCUUCGAAGGCCGGGUCCCUGUUAAUUGUAUGCUGACUGAAUGACCACGGGAAAAUAUACUAAAAACCAGCUCGCAAAAUACAACUUACAACAUGAAAUCAGAUUUAAAUACCAAUCAGCCUUUCAGCGCUGUGACCGUUCAUAUUGCAAUCUAAAAUUGGUCUGCUCCCGUGAAACGGAAACUGCUCGAUUUUUCGAUGGCAAACCGGGUUUAGACUACCGACCGAUCACAUGGUACCUGACGGAUUUGUUGACAGGUUGAAAACUUUGACCGCACAUUUUGUUCACACUGAACCGGCCAGCAUUUUUGCUUUGUUUACGUGGGAACAGACGAACCUGGCUGAACUUUACCUUUUUCUAAUCAAUGGCUUUUCCAUCUGCCAAUGCGCAGAGCGCGACCACGAAUUUUCCUUCCUCUUUCUAAACUUAAGUGCAGUCCCCAAAAAAUCAACUUCAGGAAAAUCCGCUUACAUUUAACAAUUUCAUCGAAUUGAAAUAAACGCGCCUUAGUCUGAAAAUACGCGAACUCAGUUUAAAAGUGACGUUUUCGCUGCUGUCGCCGUCGUCGACGCUAAAGCUCCCUAAAAUUCUUGAUGAGGCUUUUUACAAAGUGUUUGUUGACAAUAGCAUUACGUCAGGCGUACGAAUAGCUCAGUUACCUUUUCCAUUAAAUUCUUCACUAUUUAGCAAUAAUAAACUAUUACCUAGCAAAAAGAUUUUUUGAUAAAGCCUCAGUGUUUUGCAAAAAAGAAAACACACCUUUCUAGCGUACUAAACUCCAAAAUAUUACAUAGUCAUUUAAUUUACUUCUAACGAGGUGAUUUUCUUUCUCAAAAGAUUAUGUUCGAAACCUUCAAUACACCAGCUAUGUACGUCGCCAUCCAAGCUGUGCUGUCGCUUUACGCUUCUGGUCGAACAACAGGAAUUGUCAUGGACAGCGGUGAUGGUGUGAGUCACACGGUUCCCAUCUACGAGGGAUACGCUCUUCCCCAUGCUAUCCUUCGUCUCGACUUGGCCGGCAGAGACUUGACCGACUACCUCAUGAAGAUUCUGACCGAGCGUGGCUACUCCUUCACCACCACUGCCGAGCGCGAGAUCGUGCGUGACAUCAAAGAAAAACUGUGCUAUGUUGCUCUUGACUUUGAGCAAGAAAUGGCUACCGCUGCAUCCAGUUCCAGCUUGGAAAAGAGCUAUGAGCUUCCUGAUGGACAGGUCAUCACCAUCGGUAACGAAAGAUUCCGUGCACCAGAGGCCAUGUUCCAGCCGUCCUUCCUUGGAAUGGAAUCUGCAGGCAUCCACGAGACCACAUACAACUCGAUCAUGAAGUGCGAUGUGGACAUCCGUAAGGAUCUGUACGCUAACACAGUUUUGUCUGGUGGCUCCACAAUGUAUCCAGGAAUCGCUGACAGAAUGCAAAAGGAAAUAACUGCUCUGGCCCCACCCACAAUGAAGAUCAAGAUCAUUGCUCCUCCUGAGCGUAAAUACUCUGUAUGGAUUGGAGGAUCGAUCUUGGCUUCGCUGUCCACCUUCCAACAGAUGUGGAUCUCUAAACAGGAAUAUGAUGAAUCUGGUCCAUCAAUUGUUCACCGUAAAUGCUUUUAAUCAUCAAAUUAAACUUUGGCUGUUAGUGUUAAGCUUUAUUCUAUUUUUGUAGAUGUGGUGCUGUUCACAAUAAAAACUUUGUUAACAUAAAAUGUAUGCUUGAGGAUGAUUUAUAAUCGCAGAUAAUAGAUAGAGAGUACUUUAAACUGACUCAAACUCGAGCGCAGUUGACUUAUUGAGUGCAUAUCUUUCAGUCACCACUGACUACUUUUCGUGCCGAGGAAGAUUCUUAGCAAAUGUAAAUUUACUUUAAAUAAACGUUGAAGGACUUUUAUCGAAAACCUACAACAGGCUACUUCCUUCAGUGUGGUUCUGAGGGCGUUACUUCUUUUCUAGAACGCUUAAGCAACCUCAUUCCCUGGCUUCCGCCUUGGAGACUUGAGCAAAGGAGGAGGGGCGUAAUAGACUCUUUAAAAGCGGCGACCAUGUGAUGGCCCGUAGAACCAAAAACCUUAAGUUUGUUUUUAAAACAGUCUUCAUACGUACAUAACACUGGAUUUGCAAAAUGUAUGGUGACUGUGCAUAGUGAAGUAGCCGUGUGAUGAAGGUCUAUAAGCUUGAAAAUUAGCUGUAUAGCCUUACGGUAGAUUUCCACUGUCGCGUAAUUUUUACGCGCGUAAAUAAAAUAGGGACAAUGUAUGGAAAGGUCACGCGUAACCGUAAAAGUUGAACCUCGCCCAUCUUUUACGUUCACGCGCGGCUUUCACACAUUACCUCUUUUUGAUUUACGCACGUAAUUUUGGCGCGAAAUUUCAGAGUUAAUUUGAAAUUUCACAUGUGAAAUUACAAAAUUGCCAUGGCAACCUUCCGUACGUCUCAGUGUCAAGAUGGCGACGAAGUUUUAAAAUGCCGCGAAUGAAGAUACCAAGGCACAAAAAGACAGAAAACCUGAACACACGAAAGAACAAGAGGUAAAAGAGGUAUUUUGUCUAAAAAUUGUGAAAAUUCUGAACUUGAGCCAAAUUUAAGGUCUAAACCUUGAGAGAGUGGAGGCUCGAUCGAUACGAUCCAGGAUAAACAUGUCAAAAUUCACGAUUGCUAACGUAAUUCGUCAUCAAUGAUAUUAAUAAGGAAUCAAUUGAUUACACAUACUAAAUUUUACGCGCGUUCGCACGGAAAAAUUACGCGACACUGGAAAUCAACCCUAAGACGGAAAAAAGCAAUAUUUGCCGGUCACAUUUUGCUAUGCCUGGUUUCCCCGCGAAAUAACGUCUGAAGAACCGGGCUGCUGAAAGUCCAUCUUGUAGUGCUUCUGAUUAGUUGAAGCAUAUUUGCGGCAUGGCACAACCAAUCAGAAACUCCACCCAGAUCUGGGUACAUAAGUGACACGUCAUCAGUAUGGAAUUUCUGCGCUUGUUCCUUAGAGGUCAUUUCGCGAAGCAACCAGUCGCCUCCCUAUUCACUCAGUUAGGUGACGUUUCGGCACAGUUUGAAGUUUGAUAAAUUUUGUGACACUGAGCCUUUAAUCAUGCAGGUGUACACAGGAGCGAGCAACUUCCAUGUACAUGUACUCAUGUAACGGCGUUUUCUCCAACCAGCCUCACAAACCAGUCAACAAAAUAUACAGACCCAAUAUUUAUUUUUGAAGUUUUUUUUUUUUUUCAUCUCUUAUACCUCACAAAGCAAGCGGAGCUUCCACUUUCGUGGGAAAAAGUGUUCUAAAAUGAAUCUAAAGAUAUACCCGUCCGUAAAAAUGCCGUGACAGGCCUAGUAUGGCGUUAUAUUCUAUCACAUGACCAGGAGGCGGAGAUCCCAUAAGAUAGCACGGCGCUUGCGCAAUCCAUUGGAUGAUUAAAGCGACGAAGGCAUCUUUUUCUACCGGAGCUGUUUUCUUUUCGUAUUCAAUGUCAAUUCUGUUCCGUCGUUUUAAUCCAAACGAGUAAUUCGUAAGAUGUUCGGAAAUCGUUAGAUCAUCGAUUGAUGUCUUCCAUAGUCUUCGGACUACUUCGUAAAACCUUCGGAAGUCGAAUUUUUUGCUAAGGUUGUCAACUGGCAACUUUUUUUUUCCAUUUAUAGAUAAACCUGGCCUGUCCGCGGAACUAUUGUCAAGCGCGAUGAACUGCUGCUCCGCUACUUACGUUGUCUCUACAGCAGUAGAAGUGAUAAUAAUUAAUAACGAGAAAGGAAAAAUUUUGACCUUAAAAGGAAAAAUGCAUUUCUGCUGUUAAAAAAUCACUUGUAAACACAUUUUAGGUACCGUAUAUGAACGUCAUUAACGAAACAAUACUUUGUUGAUCUUUAAAGUAGUCUGCAUAAGAGACGAUAACUAUAAAAAAGAGUGGGGGGUUUCAAGUCUUUAAAAUAACAAUCUAAAAUAAAAAAUAACCCAAAACAUAAGAAGAGGGUAGAAAGUUUCUUUAAAAUAACACGACUGUCAGAAACAAGCGACACCUCGACUCGUUCAAAACGUACACCAGUGCUCAGAAUGAGCAUUUAAAUACAAGCAGGUGACUUUUGAAAUAAAAAGUCAUAAAUUAAGCUGGGUCACAAUUGAAGGGGAAGUGUUUGAAACGAUUCUUCACCAAACACACAACAAAGACCUGCUCGAUCACAAUUAUGAUAGCUGUUACUUACUUUACCGCCUAUUGGGCUGAAAAAAUCAGUUCAAAAUAUGUCCAUAUUUGGUCAGGAGAUUGGCCCUAUUCUUAAUAAAAGCUGUGUACUAAUACUCAAAACGAAGUACAAGCUAGAAAAAUAUAUUAAACGCGAACAAUCACAAAUUGUUCGCUUCACCUGUAAACAUUGGGCAAACACGUUACUUUGGUUUGGUCAUUUCUAUAAACAAACUUAAGCGAGUAACGCGCAAAAAUAACGUCUAUUGUGAGCCAAUCAGUUGAGAGCACGGAUUUCGGCCGAUUAUUUAAACCGUGCCACAGCGAGGGCAUUUAUACAUUACGCUUUACCCAUCGUGAUAAAUUCUAGCUAAUCUCGCGCAAAACUUCCAAUUUAAAAUGGCCGAUGAGGACGUUGCCGCUUUGGUUAUAGACAAUGGCUCCGGUAUGUGCAAGGCCGGUUUCGCCGGAGACGAUGCUCCUCGUGCAGUGUUUCCCUCCAUCGUUGGCCGUCCAAGGCAUCAGGGUGUGAUGGUUGGUAUGGGUCAGAAAGACUCGUACGUCGGCGACGAAGCUCAGAGCAAGAGAGGUAUUCUGACUCUCAAAUAUCCCAUCGAACACGGCAUUGUAACAAACUGGGAUGACAUGGAAAAAGUAAGUUAAUCUCUUGGUGCAAACACUGAAUAAGAAUUUUUUUAAAACCUAAGAUUUCCUUGGAUUUCAGAUCUGGCAUCACACCUUCUACAACGAGCUGCGUGUAGCUCCCGAGGAACACCCAGUUCUACUGACAGAAGCUCCUCUCAACCCAAAAGCAAACAGAGAAAAAAUGACACAGGUAUAUAUAAAUGUUACGUUAAACGUAUCUGCCGUGUCCAAUUAUGAGCUCUUAUCAGUUAAGGGCUGUUUUAUAAUGAUUCUAACUGAAGUCUUCUGUCAUACUUAAAAAAAAAACUAGGCAAGUAAAAAACUAAUAUUGCCUUUAUAAAUACACUAUACGUGUAUGCUAAAAAAGUAGUCCCUCUUCAGGAAACGGAAAUCGGUAUUCUGCGGCCGACAAGUAGAUCGAAAUUGUUUUAUACGCGUAGUAAGUAGAAAAGAGACACAUACAUGGGGUGAACAUUAGUAGCAACGCGAAGAUUUGAGAUACAUGAUGCUUCUCUCCAAUAAAUAAACAACGCGCGACCGCGUGGUUGAAUUCACUCAGAAAGGUAGCAUAUUGUUUAAUUCUAAAGAAAGUAUACAAUGUCUUGUUUUCGUUUUGGAAGAUGAUGUUAACAUGCUAAUGAAUGUUUUAUUUUAAAACUAAAUGCAACGAAAAAGACCUUGUUUCCACAUAUGGUCAUGUCAAGUAAUGAUUGGUCAGAUAAACAAAGCAAACCGUAAGCAGUCCGCUUGUAGCCCGCGGCGAAGUUACGAUGUAGAAUUCGGUGCAAAAUACACUGAACAGAAAAACCGAUGUUAAAAACUUGAGGAAAUUUAUGCCUAAUUUUGCCAACUUCGGCAUGGUUACAAGAUGUCUAUGAAAAUGCUUAGUGUUAAAUUUAGUUUACAAUUUUCUGUCUUCUUCUAUCCAUUGCAAUGUACAUUUUUUCUCAAACUUGGCAAAUCAAACCGAUCGUACAAAAAGUUGAAAGACUUAUGUGCAAUUUUGCAGAAAUAGUGACUAUUGAUUAGACUUGGGAUAAACGAGCAUGAUGCCCGUUGUCACUAACAUCGCACAUUAUGCAGACUAGAGUCUUAAGUUUAAAAGAGACGGCUCGACACAAGAAAAGAAACGUUGGGCCAUUUCACACUCAAUAAUUUAUGUCAUCAGAAUAAAGCCUGUUUAACUUAUUAUGUUUUAGAAUACGAUCGGCGACCGAUCUGCGUCAUAUCGCAGUCAUAUGCUAUGGAUCGGGUCCAACAAAAGAGGCAUGCAUGCGAUCGCCCAUACAUCCCCCUAACUUAAAUGUGGGACUCCGUCCUUGGGCUUGUGAUCAUAUCGCAAAAUGCCCCAGACGGUUACAGAUUUAAUAUAUUGAAACCAAGCUUUUUUUUAUUCUUAAACAGAUCAUGUUCGAGACCUUUAAUACACCAGCUAUGUACGUCGCCAUUCAGGCUGUGCUGUCUCUGUAG